CAAUACACCUAUUACGCACGCACGCAGAACACGAUGAGAACCCAGCAACAUCUCCACAUCGCCGUCCUGGACGUCGACGUCCCGGUUCCGAACGUCUACUACGCUCGCGGUCUUUAUAGUACCCAAUUUCGCAAGCUGCUUCGGGCUGCUGCGGGGCGGAUUGCAGAAGAUGAAGGAAGAGAUGAAGAUAUUGAGAUCCACACCACUGCGUUCGACACUCUUGGUGGCAAUUUGCCGUCGCUGGCUAGUUUAAGCACGCAGCCUACUGCCACAGUGACCAAGGCUGGGGAGGUUAUCAAUCCGCUGGCUUUGCCUAUCACCGGUAUCUUGAUUACGGGGUCAGUGGCGUCCACGUAUGGUGCUGAGUACCAGUCAUGGGUUGCACCGUUGCUGGAGUUCAUUACCACGGUGUAUGAGCAAUAUCCGCAUGUGCGGAUCUUUGGAAGUUGUUUUGGCCACCAGGCGCUUGCAGAGGCUUUGCUUGCGGGAUCUGCUUCGGCCAAUGAGGUUAAGGUGGGAUGUUGUCCCGAUGGAAAAGAAGCUGGACUGGCGCAGGUUGAACUCACACAGGGAUUUGUGGACGCAUUUCCCUGCUUGAGGGGAAAGCGCGCGUUGAGACUGCAGAUGAUUCAUGGGGAUUGGGUGACGGUUGAGUCUUCACCUGAGAAAGCGCUUCCCUCGCCUUGGAUGAACAUUGGGGGAUCAAAGCCUUGCCCUAUUCAAGGCUUGUAUUGUCCAGGACGUGUUCUGUCCUAUCAAGGUCAUUUUGAAUUCGACUCCUUCGUCAACCGUGAGACAUGUGUCGACUUUGGAGGGAGAUUGGGGUGGGCGAAAGAGCUUGUCGAGCAGUAUGUGACGGCAAUUGGAGACGUGGACGGAAGCGGUGAUGACUCCAAACUAGCCGCGGAGGUGCUGGUAAGAUUCUUUGCGGGUGAAGAUGGCGCGCAUGACAAGCAAGGCAUGAUCAAGGCACAGGAUGAGAAGAGCAUGGGGGUAACCAGAUUAAUUGGUGGUCUGGUGGGCCAGUUGAUGGGUGGGAGCUGGUGGCCCAGCAAGGCAUAA